UUGCCAUAAAGCCUCCAGACGCAUGGCGAAGUGGAGCGAGGAACGGAGACAGAUGCGCACGCUGCUCUUCCCCGCCCCGGUGCAAACUGUUCCACUGACUCACAGCGAAACAACAGAGAAAGUGGAUUUAGUCUCACUGUCCCGCUGUGGUUCUCCCAGACCUCACGUCGGAUCGGCCUUAAUGAGGAAUGUCCGGACGGUGUGUUUAUUGCACUUUCGCAGAGCAGACUUGCCUCUCCAGACGUAUUAGUUUAAUGCCAUAACUUGGAACAUUCCAGGAAAAGCGGUUACCUAGAACCAAUCUCGGGACCUGCUGUAAUUAAAGACAUCCAUCAGAUUGUGACAAGUGCCGAGAAGCAUUGCAUCGUGGGACACGGUUCAUGUGCAUGGUAGCCAUGAAAUGCCGGUACCAGACCAACCAGCCGAGCAGGAGAAGGGGGCUAUGGUUCCCCCGGUGAUGCCCUCCUCCAACGGGGACAGAUCAGAGUCCGAGACCACCUCCUCAAUCCUGGCCUCCGUCAAAGAGCAGGAGCUGCAGUUUGAGCGUCUCACCAGGGAGCUGGAGGCCGAGCGUCAGAUCGUGGCCACGCAGCUGGAGCGAUGCAAACUGGGAUCUGAGGCCGGGAGCAUGAGCAGCAUCAGUUCUUCGGAUGAGCAGUAUCGCUGGAAUACACAAGCAGAUGGGCAGAAGGAUAUUGAGGAUGAGCUGACCACGGGCCUUGAGCUGGUGGAUUCUUGCAUUCGUUCCCUACAAGAAUCUGGCAUACUGGACAGUGCUGACCGACCGGCUCUUCUUUCCCAGAGUUCCUUGCAGCUCAACUCCACCCCGGAGGCUUCGCUUCAGUACUCUGCCAGCUACCAUAGCAACCAGACCCUCGCCCUCAGUGACAACAUCUCCUCCGCAGCAGCCCCUCAGCGCAGCGGGCAGGUCGGGGGAGCCGUGCACAGCUACAACCAGGUGACAUCGAGUCGUGCAGCCCAGCAGCAACAGUCACAAUCUGGAGCAGGGUCAGGUAUCUACUACUCCAGCUCCACUCUUCCUGCCCAGCGUGUCAGCUCUCCUCUCACAGGGGGAGGGUCAGGGUCCGGUUCCCCGAGUAAGCUCCAGCGCCUGGGAUCGGCUUCAGACACGCAAGGCUACUCGACCACUCAGCGCCUACCCUCCUCCUCCCCCAACAAGCAGUCUCCCGCCAACCGUCUGGCCAAGUCUUACAGCACCUCAGUGGACGUGACAUCAGCGGGUGGGGGUGGGUCUCCCCUGAGGGUGGCGUCUCCUCCCUCCAACUCGCCUGCAGCGGGGGGAGGGGCCAGUGCUUCAUCGUCUCCUCUUCACCAGAUGAGUUCGGGCAUAGGGAGCUAUGCCACUUUGUCUCCUAAACGUCUGGCAGCUCACCACGCGUCUGACCAGUACAAGAUUUCCCACGAGCUCUACGCUACGGCCACACUGCAGCGGCCUGGGAGUCUGGCAGGUUCUCGCGGCUCGUACAGCAGUCAGCACAGCCAGGAGCCUCUCCGGCCUUUAGGGUCCCCAGAACACCACAUAGACCCCAUCUAUGAAGAGCGUGUGUACCACAACAAAGGCCCUAUGAGGAGUCUGAGCCAGAGCCAGGGGCCCGACUCUGGCCCCUACCGCAACAAUACAGCUCCCUCCUCCCCCGGCGUGGACUCCGCCCCCUUGCAGCGCACGGGAAGCCACGGCAACGCCACCGGAAACUACAGCCGCGGGACCAACAAUUACGCCACAGUGGGACCGGGUUACACCUCCAGCGCGAGCAGCGGGGACGUCUACGGGUCCGAUCCCUACGUGGCCGACCCCUACCGCACGCUUCAGUACUGCCCCUCUGUGGUGGAAUCGCCCUACAGCAAGUCGGGACCCGCUCUCCCGCCCGAGGGGAGCCUGCAGCGCUCGCCUUCUAUCGACUCCAUCCAGAAAGACCCCAGAGAGUUUGGCUGGAGAGACCCAGAGCUGCCGGAGGUGAUCCAGAUGUUACAACACCAGUUCCCCUCGGUGCAGUCCAACGCCGCCGCCUACCUGCAGCACCUCUGCUUCGGAGACAACAAGAUCAAAGCGGAGAUUCGAAGGCAAGGUGGUAUUCAGCUCCUCGUGGACUUGCUAGACCACCGGAUGAGCGAAGUACACCGCAGCGCUUGUGGGGCUUUAAGGAAUCUGGUUUACGGCAAAGCGAAUGAUGAGAACAAAGUGGCUCUGAAGAACUGUGGAGGGAUCCCGGCUUUGGUCCGCCUCCUCAGGAAGACUGGAGAUGUGGAAAUCAGAGAGCUCGUAACAGGUGUGCUGUGGAACUUGUCGUCAUGCGAUGCUCUGAAGAUGCCAAUCAUUCAAGACGCCCUGGCCGUAUUGACCAACAGCGUUAUAAUCCCCCACUCGAACUGGGACUCCUCCCCCAAUCACCACGAGGACCGCAAGCUCCACCUCCACACGUCCCAGGUCCUCCGCAAUGCAACGGGCUGCCUCAGGAAUGUAAGCUCGGCGGGCGAGGAGGCACGACGGAGGAUGAGGGAGUGCGACGGGCUGACAGAUGCUUUGCUCUACGUCAUACAGACCUCUUUGGGCAGCAGCGAGAUCGACAGCAAGACUGUAGAGAACUGCGUUUGCAUCCUAAGAAACCUUUCAUAUCGGCUGGCGGCGGAAACCUCCCACGGACAGCAGGGGGGGCUAGAGGACCUGGACGGGUUGCUCUGCGAUGCCAAUGGAAGAGACGGGGAGAGCUCUGGCUGCUGGGGCAAGAAAAAGAAGAAAAAGAAGGGCGCAGAGCAGUGGGAUGGCGUGGGCCCAUUUCCAGACACUCCUGAGCCCCCCAAAGGAGUCCAGAUGCUUUGGCACCCCACCAUCGUCAAGCCCUACCUCACCUUACUGUCUGAGUGCUCUAAUCCUGACACGCUGGAGGGAGCGGCCGGAGCGCUGCAAAACCUGGCCGCGGGAAGCUGGAAGUGGUCAGUGUAUAUCAGAGCGGCUGUUCGUAAAGAAAAAGGCCUGCCCAUCCUGGUGGAGUUACUGAGGAUAGACAACGAUAAAGUGGUUUGUGCUGUGGCCACGGCUCUCCGAAACAUGGCUCUGGACAUCAGGAACAAAGAGCUCAUUGGUAAAUACGCCAUGAGGGACCUGAUCCAUCGGUUGCCGGGCAGCAGCAGCAGUAACAACAACACCACCAGCAGUGCCACGUCGGUGAACGCCAGCUCUGCCAGUAAGGCCAUGUCCGACGACACGGUGACCGCCAUUUGCUGCGCCCUGCACGAAGUCAUCACCAAAAACAUGGAGAACGCCAAAGCGCUACGGGACGCCGGGGGGAUCGAAAAGCUGAUCGGCAUCGCACGCAGCAAAGGCGACAAACACUCGGCUAAAGUGGUGAAGGCGGCCUCUCAGGUGCUCAGCAGUAUGUGGCAGUACAGAGACCUGCGCUCCCUCUACAAGAAGGAUGGCUACUCUCAGUAUCACUUUGUGGGAUCUGCGUCGACGAUAGAGAGGGACAGACAGAGGCCUUACUCCUCGUCGCGGACCCCCUCUGUCUCUCCUGUCAGGACGUCUCCGAAUAACCGCUCUGCGAGCGCUCCAGCCUCCCCCCGAGAGAUGAUGAGUCUGAAGGAACGCAAGAUGGACUACGACUCCACGGCAACCAACGCCGGUUUCCAUAGCAGCAAGGGAGAGCACACGUCCCGCAAAGACGGCAUGGCAGUUCAAAUAUCCUGCGGGACAUCUACGUUAUUCCGAAACUCCUACCUGACGACCAGUGAUGAUAUCAAGCAAAACCAGGCUCCCAUUCAGCCCUGCGUCGUGCCCCCCCAACCCCAGCAGGACAGCCCAUCCGCGGCCGUGCUAAAAGACUACGACCCCUAUCCUCCCCCUCCCUCCUUCCCGCAGCCUCAGCCCCCGCAGCCGCCCCCGCACAGCCAGAGUCGCAGCUUCGACGACGCCUUCUACGACGACCAGGGACCCCCGCCUCCCCCGGCGCCGUCCCAACCGCAGCCCCAGGUCCCGACGCAAGCCCAGCCCCAAGCUCAGCCGCAGCAGCCCCCCAACUCCACCGGACCCCCGCGGGAUCCAAGAGAGGACCUGCGAAUGCACCUAGGGCUCAAAUCCACCGGGAACUACGUAGACUUCUACUCAGCUUCUAGGCCAUACAGCGAACUGAACUACGAGACCAGCCACUACCCGGCCUCUCCUGACUCUUGGGUGUAAUCUUCAAAACUUAAAAAAACAAAACAAGUGCGGGGCGAGAGACUGUGUGUAUGUAUGUGUGUCAGAAAGGGAUUAUUUUUGCAGCAAACUCAAGGUUAAAGUGUAGGUUCCGUGGCAUUUUAAAAAAGGAAACUCAAAAGACAGUAGAAGGGUACGGAGCAAAUUACAAAGUGAAAAAGUUCAGGUGAGAAAGAGUGUGAUAGAGAGACAGUGCAUGUGCAUGCCGGCUUUUUACUUUUUACCCUAAAAUUGCUUUAUUUCCUCAUAGUCAGCUGUUUUGCACCAUAAGACGAUAAAGGACAAGUUCAAACUGGAUAUGAAGAGUAGCUAAGAUGUGGAAGGGGCAAAGUUGCAAUGAUAAAAACAGCCAAACAGAGAAGAAAUGGAGAAGGAUGCAGAAAGGAAGAAAUGUUAGAAUGUUUUAUCGAUGUUUUGAAUGAGUAGAAAGUCACUGGACCUUUAGCAUUAGGCAGACUCCAGGUAAAGGACCAAACAUAGAUGUGGGUUUAUGAGGGGUGUAAAGCACA